AUGCCGGGGCAGCAGUUUGAAUACGAUGAGCGGGGAAGCACCUUCUAUUUUUUCUUGGUUUCCUUUUAUACAUUUGUUCUGCUUCCGCUGACAUAUUACUUUUGGCCAAGGCACGGCGUUAAAGAUCACACAAAUGACUUGCGGAAAUGUCAUUGCGAACCUUGCUUGAGGAAGGACGCGUUCAAAAAGUCACAGGAGCCGUACAAAAGCUUUAAAAAGAAUGUUACAAAGCUUUUAUUAUUCUGUGGUUGGAUUGGAUUAGCUAUGCUGAUCUUCAAAGCUGUUAAUGUGGAGGUUGAAGUUAAUGAAUAUGAUCCGUACAUGAUCCUGGAACUAGACAGUGGAGCUUCUUUGGCCGAAAUCAAGAAACAGUAUAGAAAACUUAGUUUGCUUCAUCAUCCUGAUCGCGGAGGCGAACCGAAGAAAUUUGUCGCUAUUUCAAAGGCUUAUCAAGCGUUAACGGAUGAGGAGAGUCGAAAAAAUUAUGAAGAAUAUGGCAACCCGGAUGGACCAGGAGUUCUUCGAUUUGGAAUUGCCUUGCCGUCGUGGUUGAUCAGCAAGGAAUAUUCACUGUUGGUGCUUGGCAUUUACGGUUUUGUUCUGAUGAUUCUUCUCCCUACGGCUGUUGGAAUUUGGUGGUAUCGUUCGAUCAAGUAUAGUGCGGACCAAGUUUUGAUGGACACCACUCAGUUAUAUUUCUACAUGUUUCAUAAGACGCCGCUGUUGGUUGUUAAAAGUAUUUGUUUGUUAAAAGAAUUUUUUGUUCUCGUGUUUAGUAGCUCGUGUAAUUCAGGACUUCUGAUGAUAUUGGCAGCAUCAUUUGAAUUCUGCCGAGCACACAACAAGGAAAUCAUCGAAAGACCAAGCGAUGACGUGGAGGUUCCAGCGUUAAUCAAAGAACUGCCAAACUUGGGUGAAAACAAAAAGGAACGUCCGCUCUGUUAUCCAUACAGCAUCAAAGCACGCGCACUCAUAUACGCACAUUUGUACCGGAUGUCUCUUCCUCAGAACACUCUCACAAAAGAUUUGAACGGCAUCCUAAGGAAGUGCAUUUUGCUAAUUCAGGAGAUGAUCCAGGUUUAUUCACAGCUAGUGGCGUUUGCGGCAGCUGGUCGAAUCUCGAGAAUGCCGGUUCUGGAUACCCUCGACAACAUAAUCAAAGUUUCGCAGAUGCUGGUUCAGGCGUCGUGGGACAGCAAAAGUCCGCUGAUGCAGCUGCCUCAUUUCACUGAAGACAUGUUACGUCAUUGCAUAAAUAAAAAGCGUAACAUCAAAACUUGUGCAGACGUAGCUCGGCUAACUAAUGACGAAAGGCGCAACUUGUUGCGAUCGCUCUGUGACCGGGAGUACAUGGACGUUAUGAAUGUUUUGUCGGCGAUGCCUCACGUGGACAUGGAGGUUCGUUUUGAAGUACAAGAUGAUGAAGACAAAAUGACGAUAACGGCUGGUGCACUGGUGACGGCGUUCGUAAAGUUGAUCAGAUCGUCGUUGCUUGACACUGGCGGGAUGAAGACUGCGGCGAAACCAGUUGCAGCGGAAGAUCAAACGGUGGUUGACAGCGAGGAUGCAGUGGACAACGAUUUAGAGAAAGAUGUGCCGAAUCACGUCGAUACUCAGACUAAGCGAAAGGUGUGGGAGAAAGCGAAGAAGAAGAAAGGAGGAAAGGCCGCUAAGAACAAAAAGAAGUUUUCCACUAUUAAAUUUGUGACAGUGCAAAAAUCUUUGGAGACCAGACCUGUCGAUGCCGUCCAAGUAGCAGUUAUCUUAAUUUUCGUGUUCGAUGUUUAUGCUGAUUUGGCUUGUGAACCACAGGACAAAACGGGUGACAAAUCUCAGCCGCCGGCAUCGAAUGACGAUGAUAUGAGCGAUGACGAAGCUGCAUCAGCUUCCGAAAAUAGUGAAGAUAACGACAAGGGUAGUCAAGAGGAGGAAUCAUCGGAAAACGAAUUUCCAUUGGACGAAGACAUAAUGCGCAAAGACAAAAUUCUUGAAACUAAGUCUAAAAUCACCCACCCAGUACACAGUCCAUUUUUCCCAGAGGACAAAUACGAGUGGUGGUGGGUAUAUAUAUGUGAUCGAAGACAUCGACUGAUAGUUUCGCUUCCUGUGCAUGUAACAACAUUAGUCGAAGAGGAGGAGAUAGAAAUGAAAUUUCCAGCACCUUCCAAACCUGGAAUUUACACAUACCAGGCAUGCUUGCGUUCUGAUUCAUACCUAGACUGUGACUUGUCAAAGGACGUCAAGGUAAUCAUGUAUCCCCGUGAUCACUCGCGAAACCUUGUUUUUAGUUCGAAGUGUUCGAAGCACGUCAGAUCACUUCUCAUCCGCAAUGGGACUUUUCUCUUGAAGAGGAUCAGUCUGAUUCAGAAGUUUCGCAAGACUCUGCAUACACUGAAGAAGACGAAGAAGAGUCAGAUUAAAGAUUUCGAUGAAAAUAUUUAUAUCGAUGAACUUUGA